AUGAGUCCAAGAAACAGUACAAACACAGAUGAUCAAGCAACGUCAACAGGAUAUUCAACAAGGGAAGAGAGAACAACUUAUGAUGAAGAAACACAAGAGUCAAGAGCUCAACAAGCUCCAUUAUCUGAAGAAGUUGAUCCUGAAUUAGAAGCUUUUUUCAAAAAAUAUGGAGAGAUUAAUAUAAGUUAUAUUGAACCACCACCUCAUUCACCAUGGUUUACAAGACCUUAUGCAUUGAAUUAUUUCCAUAAGGGAACUUUAUAUCGAACUAGACAUGAGAGAACAUCUGGUAAAUUGGAAUUGUUUUUAGAUUUAGUUUAUGUUGGGAUUGCUGCAAACUUGGCUUCUAAUGCUGUUAGUGGUGCUGAUGGUGUUUCAUUCUUGAAAUUUUUGUUGGUUUUCAUACCACCAUGGACUAUAUGGAGUGAUUUAAAAGAUUUUAUGAAUUAUUACUUCAAUGAUGAUAUUAUCCAGCGUGGUUAUGUUCUUUGGAUAUUGGCAUUGCUGAUUACAUAUGAUAACAAUUGUGAAUUUGUUGAUGAUUUGGAAGAUAAUACUGCAAUUUUGACUUGUGUUGUUACUUAUUUUUUGGCAAGAGUUACACUAAGUGGAUUGUUAUGGUUUUAUUCUUUAUAUAUUCAUGAACAUAGAACACAGAUGAGGCUAUAUGGGACGUCAUUGGUCAUUACAAGCUCUUGUUGGUUUUUCAUCUUGUUGAUCAAGACAAAUUGGGGGAGAUGUAUCUUUGCAGCUUUGAUGUUUAUUUUAGAACAGACUAUAUUUUGUUUGAGUGUUCAUCCAUGGACCAAGAAGAAACUAGGAUUGGAGUAUUCAACAGCUUUAAACAUUGAGCAUGAAGAUGAAAGAUUUCAAGGUUUUGUUAUUAUUGCAAUUGGUGAAUUUUUAUACAGCUUAGUUGCUGAUAGUCCAUUAAAAUUUGGGUGGAACGGUAAAUUAGCUAAAGGGUUCGCAUUGUUGAUUGAUGCAUUCAUCUUCUUAGGGAUUUAUCUACACAAGGAUGGUUGCUUAAAAGCUACCCAUGCUCUAAGAAGAAGUGCUUUCACCGCUAUCUUAUAUAUCUAUUUACACUUCCCCUUGAUUGCGAGUUUAUUAAUUGUUGGUGACGCUGGUGUCGAUUUAUCCAAGAUAAAGAAUGAUUAUAUCGAGGGAGAGGAAGAAUUGGGUGUCUUGUUCUUUUUCCAUACUGGUAUUUUGGUUGCAUUAGUUUCAUUAACUUGUUUAGCCUCAUUGGAUCAAGAUAGAGAUGACCAUUCAGACCAUUACGUUCCAAGAUUUGGAAGAAUCUCACUUAGAAUUCCAAUUGGGAUUUUAAUAUUUGGACUAACUUGGGCUCAUGAUAAGUUAACUAUUGUUCAAAUUUUGUGGAUGGAUUGUGUUUUCUUGACUUUGUUAUAUUUCUUUGAGUUCACUGUUAUGAAUCCAUUCAAUUUCAACAUCAAAAGUCAUAUGGGAUUGGUUAAUGUUCAGGAAGCUUGA